GAGGAAGAAGCGAGACCGAAGAAACGGGUGACAGUGGUCUCCAGGCCGCCCCGGGGGGCCUCAAGAGCCGGAGGCAGCCCCGGAGGCUUCCGCGGGCUGACACGCCAGAGGAGGAGACCGGGGAAUGGCCGCGGUGUGGCAGCAAGUAUUAGCAGUGGAUGCGAGGUACAACGCAUACCGCACACCAACGUUCCCACAGUUUCGGACCCAGUAUAUCCGCCGGCGCAGCCAGCUGCUCCGGGAGAAUGCCAAAGCUGGGCAUCCCCCAGCCCUGCGUAGGCAGUACCUGAGGCUGAGGGGACAGCUGUUAGGCCAGCGCUACGGACCCCUCUCUGAGCCAGGCAGUGCCCGUGCUUACAGCAACAGCAUCAUCCGCAGCAGCCGCACUACCCUUGACCGCAUGGAGGACUUUGAGGAUGACCCCCGGGCCCUGGGAGCCCGCGGGCACCGCCGCUCCGUCAGUCGUGGCUCCUACCAGUUACAGGCACAGAUGAACCGUGCUACCUAUGAGGACAGGCCCCCUGGCAGUGUGGUACCCACAUCAGCAGCAGAAGCCAGUCGGGCCAUGGCUGGGGACACGUCACUGAGUGAGAACUACGCCUUUGCUGGCAUGUACCAUGUUUUUGACCAGCACGUGGAUGAGGCAGUCCCAAGGGUGCGCUUCGCCAACGACGACCGACACCGACUGGCCUGCUGCUCACUGGACGGCAGCAUCUCCCUGUGCCAGCUGGUACCCGCCCCACCCACCGUGCUCCGUGUGCUGCGGGGCCAUACCCGCGGGGUCUCCGACUUUGCCUGGUCCCUCUCCAAUGACAUCCUUGUGUCCACCUCACUCGAUGCCACCAUGCGCAUCUGGGCCUCUGAGGAUGGUCGCUGCAUCCGGGAAAUCCCUGACCCCGAUGGCGCUGAACUGCUCUGCUGCACCUUCCAGCCCGUCAACAACAACCUCACUGUGGUGGGGAAUGCCAAGCACAAUGUGCAUGUUGUGAACAUCUCCACGGGCAAGAAAGUGAAGGGUGGCUCCAGCAAGCUGACAGGCCGCGUCCUCGCUCUGUCCUUUGAUGCCCCUGGCCGGCUGCUCUGGGCGGGUGAUGACCGUGGCAGCGUCUUCUCUUUCCUCUUCGACAUGGCCACAGGGAAGCUGACCAAGGCCAAGCGACUGGUGGUGCAUGAGGGCAGCCCCGUGACCAGCAUCUCCGCCCGCUCCUGGGUCAGCCGUGAGGCCCGUGACCCCUCGUUGCUCAUCAACACUUGCCUCAACAAGCUGCUGCUCUACAGGGUGGUGGACAACGAGGGGACCCUACAGCUGAAGAGGAGCUUCCCCAUUGAGCAGAGUUCCCACCCUGUGCGCAGUAUCUUCUGCCCACUCAUGUCCUUUCGUCAGGGAGCCUGUGUGGUGACGGGCAGUGAGGACAUGUGCGUGCACUUCUUUGACGUGGAACGGGCGGCCAAGGCUGCCGUCAACAAGCUUCAGGGCCACAGCGCGCCCGUGCUUGACGUCAGCUUCAACUGCGACGAGAGCCUGCUGGCCUCCAGUGAUGCCAGGGGCAUGGUCAUCGUCUGGAGGCGGGAGCAGAAGUAGGGUUGUGCUCGGCCCUGCUCCUGUCCCCGCCACCAGCUUUGUGUUGUGAAUAAAGUGUCUGUGGUGGUGGUGAGGACCAGCUCCCGGGUGUCCCGGGAGGCAGCACUGCAGAGCCCACAGCUCCAGGAGCCAAGGGGAAUGGGGUCCAUCGUCUGAUUCAUGUCUUCCCACGGUGAUGUGUCCAUUCAUCCAUUCAACAAGCACUUAGCAAAUGUCCACUGUGUCCCAGAGCUUCUCCACAGCUGUGUGUUCUGCAAGCACUGCCGAACACCGAAACGGUGUGCCAGGAAGCCUUCUGGGUAGUGGCGAUGUGGUGGGAUCUGCAGCCCCGUGGAGACAACAGCAGACAGAAUUACAGUAACAUCAGCAUUUUUUUUUUUUUACUUUAUGAUGGUAUGAAAGUGUCCCCAUGCAGCCAUUCUGUUCCUCAGUUUCAAUACAGUAUUCGACACAUGCCUGAGCUACUCAGCACUUUUAUAUUAUAUUCAAAUAGGCCACGGUAGAGGAUUCUGCCCAUCUGUGGGCUCCUCAAGUGUUCUCAGUGUGCAUGAGCUUGGUGCAAUCAAGCCAGCGGGUGGUGGGGAUUAAAUGGAGCUUUACGCUAUUGUCAGCUCCCUGUGGGUCCAUCAGGACACAGCCUCUCCAGGGGACAGGAGAAGCCGAAUGGAGCAGGUCAGCUAAAGGUGAGUGGUGUCAGCACAAGGUGGACUGAGGAGACAGGCUGGCAACAGUAGUAUGGGUAGUGGGUGAUGACCUCAGGGAAACCUGUCCUGACAGGCUGACAUUUAAACAAAGACCUGAAUGAAGUGAGAGGCAGCCACAGUGUGUGAGGAAGAACAUUCUAGACAGAGGGGCUGAGUCAGUGGGGCUGGAGAGUGUCCACAGUGUGGUCGUGGAAGCCAGAGUGUGAUGGUGAGGUUAGAUGGGCCAGAUGCCGCAGGGCUUCGAGGGCCACCACCAACACUUUGGCUUUCAGUUUCUUGAGUAGAGGAGACUUCACUAAGCAGCUUUGAGCAGAGAUGGGAUGGGAUGGGAUCUGGUUCCAGCAGGCUCCCUCUGGCUGCUGUGAAGACAGGGCACAGCAGUCCCGGGUGGUAGCAGGGGCCAGUGAGGAGACCACAGGGAGAGGCACGAUGGAGCCUGCCGGGAGGUGGUGGCAAGGAGAGGACUGGGGGUGUAGGGGUGGGGGCACACUCAGUUCUACUCCAAGGCUUUCAUCAUUGGGCUGCAGGAUCCUGCUGGUUCUCAGGAUGGGCUGGCUGAGGCUCCCAAAUUCCCUGCAUGCUUGACAGCUCAAGCCAAGGCCCCACAGCUGUCCGCCCACGAGCAGGGAGCAGAGGCAUUGAGUUUUUGGAACCCCAUAUCAGUGCAGGGACAAGCAUGUUGGUUUAUCGCACAGGUGAACUGGGGAAUCCCUCUAUGGGAUUCAGAUGAUGGGGAAACUCUCCGUGCGCAGAAAAACCCUGAGACCAGCCUCAUCACCUCCCAUGGCCACCCAAGGCCCAAAGGCCAGCCUUGGAGCAACUCUGAUCAAAAAGUGGUGUUCAGUAUGAGGGGACUUCAAAAAAGUUCAGGGAAAAUGGAUUUACAGAGUAAGUUUAUUUUGUUGCAGAGAUAUUCUCAAAUUCAUGCAUAGUUCUUUCAUAUGAGCA